AAGCAGCAAUUAUCCCUCCUGGCUCCUUUGUACAGAGCUCUGUAAAUAAUUUAUUUGGAUUCGAGGGUCUGGAGAUGGAAACACACAUCUAACCUUUUGGUAACCAGGCGAAUACAGAGUCUGGAACUUAAAGGCAAGUAGAAAACAAGUGAGAAUGAAACGUGUCUCUUUGAAAUCAGAGAAGACAACAAGACCUGAGAGCCCAGGCGGGAGGCUGGAGUUGGCCAGGCUGCUGCUGGAAGGGAAGUUUUCUCAUGACAUUUAAAGGUCACCCAAGGGGUUUCCACAACCAUAGCGUGAGCCCCUAUAGCUAAGAUUUUGGAGCAACUGUAUGAAGUUGGAAGACACACAGACCUGCACUGGGGCUGGUCCCAAACUCCUCCUGCUGCACUCAAUUCCUGCAUCAAACAAAGAAAAUUGUGUCUGCCAGGCUGGCUUGCUGAAGGCACAAGGUUUCCCAGCAUCGCACGGGGCUCCGGAAUGCCUGCAAACCCUCCGGGGGAAGUGGACGCUGUGCGUCCCACCUUUCAGAUAACUGCAUUUAGUACCAGCCUGAAAAACCAUGUGAUGGUCACGGACUUGGUGAAGAGGAACUGGCUUCCUUCCCAGAGAAGAGCCAAAGUUUGUUUCAUCCACAUGUGUCCCGGCCUGAAGGUGACUGAGCAGCCAGUGAGCGGAUAUGAGGAGACACUGGCAUCACAGAACACAAGAAUGAUAUCACCUGUCGUCAUUUCCCGGCUGAUUGAUGAAAAGAAAUCGAUGGAAAAUGGAGCUGUGUUGUCACAAGCAAUCGCCCAGCCUCAGCUGUGUCCUCCAAAGCCAGCUUCAGCUAGGCCCGGUGGAGUGAGCAAGCACAGGCCAUUUGCUUUAUCUCCUGAUGGAUUAGGAAUUUUGGCUCCAUCAGAUGAGCAAGGACUGGAGAUAGAACCACUGUCUACAGGGGACAAUCUAGGCAAAGGUCCCCGCAGUGGCUUCUCUUCUAUCACCAUUACUGCCCGACGUGUGGGUCCUCCAGCCAGCAACUUGGUAUGGGACACUUUUAGGGACCCACUGUGUUCCAAGUGCGGGACCAAGGAUGCUGGGUUCCAAGACCCCCCAGUUCUGGCUAGUGGUGCCCAUCUAUGUCAACACAAUAGACCCUACAGCUAUACAGAGUUCCCCAGCAAUGGCUCUGUGGAGGGGCUGAAGGUUACUCAGGCUCACUCAAGGCUGUGUGCAAGGCAGGACUACUGGGUCACCCAUGCGGAUGAUAAUGAGGACAGUUUUUCUUCCGACAAUUCACCAUCAAGAAAAGUCCCACUGGUAUUUAGUUCUUGUGUCCACCUCCGGGUGUCUCAACAGUGUCCCAGUGCCAUUUACUAUUUGGACAAGUCUCUUUCUGUCCCCCUUGAGCAACCUCAAAUUGCUAGCCCCAAAAUGCACAGGUCUGUCCUGUCUCUCAGCCUCCGCUGUAGUUCCCACCAGUUAACAGCAGAUGGAGUAGACAGCCCAGCUAAUGGAGAGCCAAUCAGCAGAGCUCUAUCACAGGAACUCUCUGAGGGAAAACAGGACCUCCUAGGCUCACAAUGGGGCCAGCCACAAGAAGGUCACUGGAAGGAGAGCCCAGCAUUGGUGCCAGUACAUUUGGGGAGUGGCACAUGCCCUCAGACUGGCUCCCCUCCACUGGAAAAUGUCAAAUUUGCAGAUGUGGGAAGAAACCAGGUCCCAGUACACAAGGAGAAAGAGGAUCAUGCAACAUGUACCAAUAGCAGCCAUUCUAACCAACUCUCCAUCCAUAUUCCCGGAUGGAGUUACAGGGCUGAAACAAAAGUACUUUCUCGGAGCAAGAAGCAGCAGCACCAAGCACAAAGGACUCUUUCUGCUUUCCCAGUGGGACAGAAGCCCAUUAAACACUUCCCUCCUGAUGGGGACAGUUUACCAAGCAAUGAUGGUCAGCCUAACAUCCUUUCUGAGUCCCACAAGAGGCAACACUCAUACUUCAUGACACCCAAAGUCCCUCUGUCUGGGUUUUUUUGCCCUUUACAAACUGUGUGUGCCUCUCUGCAGGAAGAUGAUGCUAUUCAGAUAGAAACACAGUUCCCCAAAGAUUACACGUGCUGUGACUUGGUUGUAAAACUAAAGGAUUGUGAGAAGCAUGAAGACCCCACUGUCACACCUGAGCCCUCACCAGCAACCCCCUCUCCAGCAACCCGAGCGGGACCACAGAGCUCUGGCCCAUUGGAAGACAGUUUUGAGCCUCUGAUGGCAAGUUCUAUGACCUUGCAGGAAGCGCUGGAAGUCCAUAGACCUCAGUUCAUUUCUCGCUCACAAGAACGGCUGCAAAAGCUUAAGCACAUGGUACAGCAAAGGAAAACCCAACAAAAGGAGAGCCUGGGGCAGAAGCAAAGCCUACUUCCUGUCCGCGCCAACAAGAAGCAGUUCACCAUUCCCCAUCCUCUUAGUGAUAACUUGUUCAAACCCAAAGAAAGAUGCAUUUCAGAGAAGGAGAUGCAUAUGAGAUCUAAAAGAAUCUAUAAUAACUUGCCGGAAGUUAGAAAGAAAAAAGAAGAGCAGAAGAAAAGAGUGAUCUUACAGAGUAACAGGCUCCGAGCAGAGGUCUUCAAAAAGCAAUUACUGGACCAGCUCCUUCAAAGGAAUGCAGUUUGAUCCCAGGCGGCUCUGCUAGCCCAGCCUGAAUCUGGGAACACUUCUGAUGAUGACGCUGGAUGAACCAUUAAAUUUAAUGCUAUCUUCACACAUGAAAGAAACUUUCACUUUACUUCUGAUUUUUUUUUUUUUCCCACAAAGGAAACGUCACUUUCUGAAUGUUCCAAACAAAAGCCUUAGAACUGCAAGCCGCAGAUCAGCAGUCCAUUGCUGGGACUUCGACCCCUUGGAACCGACCAUUUCCACCCGAGCAGGAAAGCUUUAUAUAUUCAAGUGUGCUUGGACGCUUGUUUUUUGUUUUUGUUUUUCGGGGUGGGGGGCAAUGUUUUUUCUUUUCCAAAAAUGUAAGAAGCAAAAAAUCUCUCAUGUUUUAACUUCCAAUCCCAAUGGCUGCCAGUUCUGAAAAAUCUAAAGUCAAAGUUCAUUUUGAAUACACGUCCUGGAGUGCCAGAGGCUGAUUUGAAGUGGACUGAUGGAUAGGCAGAACACAGAACAAGCAGGAGAGCCCUCUGCCUCCCUCCUGCCCUACCCGCAGUGCCUGCCUUUGUUAGCCGCGGUACCUGUUUCAGUGGGAGCCAGGAGACUGAGUAAAGAUGGCAGGGUCUUCACCAGCCACACACAGGAAGUCAUCUUGACCAAAUGGCCCAGCGGUACCCACUUUUAUCUAUUCUUUCAAGCUCUCCUCCUAAAUAUGUAUUUGUGGAGUUAAGAACAAAUUAGUUUUUGCAACAAACGUGGAAAUAAAAGCAGUUGUUUGAAAUGCAA